AUGCUCCGAGAAGUAAAACCCAAGAACGCGCGCACCGCGCGCAUCCUCAAAGCCAAAGAGCCGCAACUAAUCGAGCCCCCGAAACGGACUCUUCUCCUUCACGGAUCGAAAUGCCCUCAACCGCUGCACACGGUGCUGAAGACCUUCCACUCGUUGACUCGGCCUAACUCGGUUCUAUUCCACAAGAAGAAUGCCAACAUCCACCCGUUCGAGAGCGUUGAGAGCCUGGAGUUUCUGGCCGACAAGAACGAGUGCGGUAUGGUUGUGUUCGGAAGCAGCAACAAGAAGCGCCCUAACUGCGUGACGCUGGCUCGCGUGUUCAACUCCAAGAUCCUCGAUAUGUGUGAGCUGUUGUUGUUGCCGAAUCAGGAUCAGACCGCUGGAUUGGAGAGCCUGCAGAUUGGUAUCGGCAUGCGGCCGAUGUUGUUGUUCUCGGGCAGUGCGUGGGAUGAUGAGACGUCGACGGCGCAUGUUAUGCUGAAGAGCAUGUUUGUGGAUAUGUUCAAGGGAGAGACGAGUGACAAGAUUGAUGUUGAGGGGUUGCAGUACGUGUUGAUGGUCGGAGCGGAGGAGGCCACGGAGGGGUUGGCGCCUGUUGUGCACCUUCGGUGGUAUAAGUUGCGGACGAAGCGCAGUGGGCAUAAGUUGCCCCGUGUGGAGUUGGAUGAGAUUGGUCCUAAGUUUGACUUCAAGGUCGGACGUUUGCAGGAGGCGCCGAGGGAGGUCAUGAAGGAGGCGAUGAAGCAGGGUAAGAGGCCGAACGAGGAGAUCAAGCUUAAGAAGAACAUUGGGCUGGAUUCGAUCGGUGAUAAGAUCGGUCGCGUGCAUCUGGGUAAGCAGGAUCUUAGCGGUCUGCAGACUCGCAAGAUGAAGGGUCUGAAGCGUCGUGCUGGUGUCGAGUCGGAUGAUGAGGAGGGUGAUGCCGAUAUGAUGGAUGUGGAUGAGAUUUCGGAGGAUGAGGGACGCAAGCGGACGAAGACGGCCUGA